CACACUUGCAUUAAAUUAACACAUCCCUAUUUAAAUUCUUAUCGUCCGCGAUCAGAUGACACCAUCUGACGACAUUGCCGAUUCGGUAUGUAAAUAUUGAUUAUCCUCUUUCAAUUCUCUCUAUAUUUUCCCCAGUAAAUCCGCGCUGCGAAGAUGGCUUUUGCAGCUCUUCGCCAUUCGAUCCCCUCCCCCACUCGCCUGCUUCGUCCGACCAUGUCGGCUCCUUCGCAAACGCGACUCCCAUCCCAAUGUCGCCAGGUUUCUUUCUCCUCAUACCUGGUCUCUCCCAAGGAGCUCAGUGAGGCCCUCAAAAAGAACCCUCCCACCAAGAUCUCGACAUCACCGCGCGUCGUCCCGCUGUGCGCUGCAUGGUUUAUGCCCAAUGACCCGGAAAGUCGCAAAGGGAUUGACAUUUUCCGGAAACAUCGCAUCCCUCAGGCUCGAUUCUUUGACUUGGAUGCGAUCAAAGAUGCGGAAUCUCCGUACCCCCACAUGCUUCCCACCGCGGAGACAUUUGCCGAUGCGAUGAGUGAGCUUGGCAUCCGGCGUGACGACGAAGUGGUAGUUUAUGACACCGAAGAGCUCGGAAUCUUCAGCGCGCCCCGUGUCGGCUGGACUCUACGAGUAUUUGGACAUCCUCGGGUUCAUCUCUUGGACAACUAUCGACUGUGGGUGCGCGAAGGGUACCCGACGGAGACUGGGGAGCCCCAGCAAGUGGAACGGACCAGCUAUCCAGUACCUAAUUACGAUUCUAAACUGGUGAUCCCGUACUUAGAGUUGAAGGAGAUUGCCAAGGAGCAUAGGAAAGAAGGUGCUAAAGAAGUCGAGAUCUUGGAUGCGCGAUCUUACGGCCGCUGGGCGGGAACUGAUCCCGAACCACGCCCAGGAUUGUCCUCAGGCCAUAUUCCUGGCUCCAAGAGCUUGCCCUUUCAAGAAUUACUGGAUCCGGAGACGAAGACUUUUCGGUCGAAGUCUGAGCUGCGCAAAAUCUUUGAAGAGAACGAAAUUGAUGACUCCAAAUCGAUCAUCAGCUCUUGCGGCACUGGUGUAACGGCUACGAUUAUUGAAACCGCCUUGGGUGAAGCAGAGUACGGAGACCCUAACCUGCGGAGGGUGUAUGAUGGAAGCUGGACUGAGUGGGCGCAGCGUGUCAAGCCUGCUGACGGACUGAUCAAAAAGCUAAACUAGGCUGGUGAGAAUUAAGCGUCUCCUAUCAUUGCCUUGACUGCGAAUUUGCGUCAAGAUGGCCCUUGAUGCUUGUAUGACAUAGCGUUCGUUCUUUGCUUCUAUGGGGGACUUUUGUGUUACGGUGACAGCAUGUCAAUUAUUCUAUAG